AUCCUUGAUGACAUCAAUCAAGAUCGCCUCGGCGCCGAUGAUUUCCUAAAAGCUCUUAAAAUCCUCGAUGGAUUCAGUGCAUGUGGUCAGAAAGUGUUUAAAUACCGCGAGUUGGUGUGGGAUAUAGAACAACGAGGUAGAAUGGGCGAAAAUCUUCUGCACAUAUGCCUGCUGCAUAAUACCGCUGACAUGAACGACUUGGCCAAGCAGAUUGUCAAUCGGUUCCCAAAAAUUGUCAAUGACAUCUUCAUUUCUGAGGAUUACUAUGGACUUUCGCCACUUCAUCAGGCAAUUGUCAAUGAGGAUGUCGAAAUGGUGUACUUCCUAUGUAAAAAAGGAGCCGAUGUACAUCAACGGUAA